GCCCGUCCUCUUGACGGUCCUAUGCUUCCUGUGCAGCCAGGUGGCUUUCCAGCUGUGUGGCACCGACCGGCAAGGGCAGAGACUCAGGCGGCUCAGGCGCGGCAGGGCCGGUGAGGGCCUCUGUGAGGAGCGGAAGAUCGGCGAUGCAGUCACAGCCACCGUCGUGUCUGUCGGCGACACAUGGGUGGAUGCAGACGUCGAGGGCGCCGGGCGCGGUAGGACCAGUGAGAGUGAGAGCGUCUUGCUUUGUCGGCAAUGGCUUGGAAUGAUCCACUUUGUGUUUGAUAGGAUGCACAAGUCCGACCUGACAACGCUGCGCAUCCGGCAUGCCAGGGAGGUGGUCAAGGUCGGCGACGUAGUGAAGUGUUUCGUGAAGCAGCUCAAGCAAGAUCGUCCGGUGCUGACAAUGCAGGACGUCUUCGCCAACCGCACGCGCCUCUCGGAGCUGCAGCCAGGGCUGGCCUGCGACGCGAAGGUGGUGCACGUGAACAAGCACAUCGGCGCCUUUGUGGACGUUGGCGCCGUGACGUCGGCGCUGGUCCCACGAAAUGAUUUCGAUGGCUGGACAGAGGGCGCAAAUGUGGUGCAGCCUCGGUUGUCCGGCGCCAGCGGUGUUUCGGUUCAGUGGCUUUCAGCAGUCAUGAUCGGCGUGGUGGACUCGUGGGAGGAGCUUUGCCCCAAGACGAAGGAGAAGAAGGCCAAGGCGGCCAAGAAGGAGAAGAAGGAGCAGAAGCCGGUGAUCCACCAGGCCUCAGCGCAGCGGACGCGAAAGAAGCUGCAAGCGGCCCCGGCGCCCCCUGUGGCUGCUCCGGAACCCGAAGUCGAGCCCGAGACCGAUGACCCAAAUUGGGCGCCUCCACCUUCGGCCGAGCUCGAGCUGGACUUCUUCGCCGUGCCCAAAGAUGGUGAGGGAGACGCCGUCUGGGAAUUCAAGGUGGGCCCACAACCCAACGUCAAAGAGUGCAUCGAAGUUCCAGUCGAAGUUCCAAAGGUCAAAGCAACCGACUGGACCGUGCAGGAAAGCUGGGAAGACAUGUGCGACUCGGAUGCUGGCAGCACAGCCGACGAGGGCGAACAGCUAGCCCCUGAAGGAAGUCCCAUGACCUACACCAAGGCAGAGCGAGAGAAGCCAUCUUUCCCGUCUGUGACAGAAAUGCAGCUUUCUAUUUCCGGCGGUGCCGCCGCCAAACAUGCCAGGCUGCCGGAAGGCACGACGGUCAGAGUCGAGGUGACAAAGGUGGACACGAGCAAAGGUCACAUCACUGCCAAGCUCUUGCCCGACAGCACGGAAGCUCUGACAGACUGA